AUGUCGGUGGCGAUGCUUCGGGACUGGUGCAGGUGGAUGGGCGUGAACGAGCAGCACUCCCUGCUCCUCGUGGGCAUCCCGGACGACUGCAAGGAAGACGAGUUCCAGGAGGCUGUGUGGGCUGCCCUGAGGCCCCUGGGCAGAUACCGAGUGCUGGGCAAUGUCUUCAGAAACGAGCUGGGGAGGGCACUAGGUGUGGCAGCAGCCCUAGGUGAAGCAGGAGGCACAGACAUGGCCAAAUCCUGGAUGCGGCAAUGGAGGCAUGCCCUGCGGCCUGUGCUAGAGAGCCUGAACUACCAGGAGCUGAGGCCCUUUUCUGGGCAGGAAGAGCCAGGCCCUGAGGAAGAGCCUUUUGAGGGCUGGCUGAAUCAUGCUUACGACAUGCUGUACCUGUGGCGCUAUGUGUCAGAGAGGGAGAAGAGGAGGAGGGUGGUGGAGUGUCUGAGCGGUCCGGCCCUGGAAUUCUUGUGUCAUCUCCUGGCAGAAGACCCCAACCUCACUGCGCAGGACUGCCUGGUCGCGCUCAUGCAGGUAUUUGGGGCCCAGGAUGCGCGCAUGACUGCGCGGUUUAAGUUCCUCACCUGUGCCCAGCAGCCCGGGGAGAGCCUGUUUGCCUAUGUGAUGCGCCAGGAAGGCCUGCUGCAGACGGCCAUGGAGAAGGGGGCUCACCCCAAUCCUACUCUGCACAAGAAUCUGAGGAGGAUGCGCAUGGAGGGGCGGCCUCCAGGCUACCUGGCACUGCUGCAGCUCAUUCAGGAGACCGAGGUGUUGGAGGCUGCCCGGGCCAGGCAGGUGCUCACCCACGUAGAGCAAAGGGCUGAUAGAGGUAGUCGUACCCUGAGUGCUGUGCAGGCUGUCCUUGCCGAUGAAGAUGUCACCCAGCCCACUCCAGUUAAUGAAGACACUGCCCAAGAUGACCAAGCCAAUGAAGAUGUUGCCCAGGCUGCUUCAGCCACUGAAGAGGGCAGUGAGUCCAUUCACGACAUUGCAGACAUCUCUGAGGCUCCUGUAGGAACCAGUGCUGCUUCAGAGGGCACCCCAGUCACUCAGGAAGUCGUGCUCGCGCUGGACGCCAGAUGGCGCCCCAGGAUCACAAAUGGUCCCGGGCCGCUCUCCGGCCGCGCCCUGGGCUCCAGCUUACUUUUCUUUGCCUUUGGGGCUGCAGAUAGCUUCGGGGUCCUUGGUCACGUGCGAAGCGUCACACUAAGCCCGCGCCCCGAAAGGGCUCCUGCGGCCGGCGCUGGCCCUCCAGCCUACCUCUUGGACCUCGGCUGGUCCAAGACCGGUCUGCAGAGCUGUCAGGGGCGCGGGAUGCAGGUGCGGGAAGCUUAG